AUGAGUGAUUAUCAAAAAUUUCCGGUACAUAAGUCUAUAGUAAUUACUAACUUCCUACAAUAUCCAAGUCCACGGUUCAUUGCGGGCGAUAUUCAUAGAAUUGCUGAUUUGGAAUGUGUGAUCGCCGUUUAUAAACGUGAUGAUUCUUCAGUUGAAAUUUUAAUUCAUUUGAAUGAAUCUAACGAAAUCAAAAGAGUGAGAGCUCGCUAUUUCUUAGGGAUGUUCAAUGGGACAGGCAAAGAACUUAUAAGCUGGGAAAAAGAAAAAGAAGCUAACACAGAUGAAUUUUUAUUCGUAAAGCCGUGGACAGUACCUCAACCCAAUAAGUCAUUCACUUUCAAAUUCGGUUUCCAUGUCAGUGCGGUUUUGAGAAUAGACAAUAUCUGGAAGUUCAAUUUCAAUGAUGCAAUAUUCAAUGCUGAAAAUGAUUCCAAAAUGAUAGUUUUCAAAGAAAAAAACAAUGAAAAAGUCCGCUUGUAUACUCAUAAAAAGUUGAUGAUGUUUCAUUCGAGUAGACUGCCAAUAUCCUGUCAAAACGUAAUAGUUCCAGCUUCUGUAUCUAUGAACAUGCUCGAGAAAUGUCUCCAGAUUGCGCACGGAGUUCAGGUUCAUUGUUCAGUCGAAGAUGUCAUGAAAGUCCGUUUCAUUGCCAAGCGGUUAGGAUUGAAAAAUGUUACCAAGUACUGUGAGCGUCGACGCAUUGAAUAUUUGAAUCAAGUGAAAAUAACAGAUCAAUUGUUUCACUCAACGUUCGUUCGGGAUCUCCUACAUUAUCAGGUGCACCUGCUUAAAACAUUGAAUUCGAAUAAAGAGCUGAAGAGAAAACUGGAGACAAUGGAUAUUCAAAAGAUGAAUUCUGAGUCCAUGAAGAGAUGUGCUCACUUUUUCUUUCAUAAUUGUUGA